UAAGUGCUGUUCUUAACUGGCUUGAUAUGGCAGUAGUUGAGUUGGUAUCAUUUGUUUUGAAGCCAGCCUAGGGGAUCUAAAUCAUUCAGUCGCAACUUCACAAGGAGGUACAUCGCAUCAAUUUGAUUAGCCGCGGAAAGCCAUUUCUAUCAAAGGUCGCUACCCACGGGAAUGCAUUUGUUCAAGUUAAUAAUUCUGUACAUCGUUGCUUUAGAUACGCGAUGGAUCCUUGGCAAUAUUUACUGUUAAGAGUAGCCAUAUUUGUCAUCGGUGGAAGUCGUUCCUCGUUUACAAGUCCCUUGGGCGCAAACAGGUUUUCAGAUACUUCCUUCGUAUCUCAAUCAGAACAGCUUGGUGAAGAUUUUACCGUCAUGGACUGGAUUAACGAAGCAAACAAACCCUACAAUAUCGGACACGAAGGGGACAUAGUUUUGACGGACAGAGACUGGAACGUUUAUGAGAAGACGCGUUUCAAAAGGAAUGCCGUGCGACAGAGGAAAAAGAUUUGGCCCAAGCGAGUUGUACCCUAUGAGAUCGAAAAGGGACUGGACGCGUUCAAAAAGAACAUCAUGUCUGCGAUUGAGGAGUUUCACAAAUACACCUGCAUCACUUUUAAAGAGAGGACGAACGAGAGAAACUGGAUAAAAUUUAGCAGAGGAAAGGGAUGUUGGUCGUACAUUGGCCGAUUGUACUGGCUCAGGAGACCUCAAAGUCUAUCGUUGGGGAACAGAUGUAACAACAAAGGAAUCAUUAUGCACGAGUUAAUGCAUGCAAUUGGUUUCUGGCACGAGCAGUCGAGACCUGACCGAGAUAAGUACGUGGAAAUCAUCUGGGAAAAUAUUAAGAAGGGGUUGGAAAACCAAUUUGACAAGUACAAACAUUCCAAAGUCGACAGUAUGGACUUUGAUUAUGAUUACAGUAGCUUAAUGCAUUACAGUAAAAGGACGUUUUCAAAAAAUGGUAAACCAACUGUGCGUGCUCUAAACAACCCUUACAUGUCUUUGGGUCGAUCGGUUGGCUUUAGUGAUCUGGAUAUCAAGAAAUUAAACGCCCUGUAUCACUGCAAUAAUAAGGACCAAGUAGGAUGGAGUGAGUGGUCAGCGUACACCCCCUGUAACAGCAGGUGCAUGAAGUACCGCCAGCGGGUUUGCUUUUCGUCCCGGUCGCACUGUCCUGGGGCCGACUCUCAUGGAAUUAAAACUGAUCGGAGAAAGUGCACCAAAGAAGAAUGUUUUGCGCCUGUCAACGGAAACUGGGGCCGGUGGGGUGAGUGGAGUUCUUGUGAUAAAUCUUGUGGUUACGGCAAACGGAAGAGAACGAGAUCAUGCAACGACCCGGCACCGAAGCAUGACGGGAAAACCUGCCCAGGAGCUAACACACAAAUGCGCACGUGCAACAUGAUGGCUUGUACUGAAAAUUCACACGGUUGUAAUUUCGAUAAAGACUAUUGUAAUUGGACAAACGUCUGGAGUACGUCACCAUCUUUUAAGUGGUAUCGCCACAAAGGUCCCACUCCGAGUAAACAUACGGGACCAGGAGGAGACCAUGGGGCAGGCAAUGGCUAUUACCUCUACUUAGAAUCCUCAUAUCCCGCGCGGUUUGGGUUCAAGUCUCAGCUAAUGAGCCGCUCCUUUAAUCCCUCGGAGGAGUGGUGCAUGAGCUGGUGGUACAGUAUGAAUGGUCGGACUGUGGGCCAUCUCAGUGUUUACCUGUUAAACACUGAAUUGGGAACCAAAACGAGACUGUGGUCCAAAUCAGGAGAGCAAGGAAAGCGUUGGAGACAAGGAUUCGCUUCACUUAAUUCUGACUCGCAAUAUCGGAUUACGUUUGAAGGAACGCGAGGCCGAGGAUACACGGGAGAUAUAGCAUUGGAUGACGUGCAGUUUAGGGAAGGAUCUUGUCAACUUAAUGGAUUUGUGAAACAUUAAAACUGAAAACAUACCUAUGUUAUCUACCGAGCGGGAGGUCCGCACGAGGAAUAAUCGUGCUCGAGAACAAGAGCACAGUUUUUUCCCCACGGGCCAACCUAGGCCGGUAAAAAACUUAUUUAUGUUUUCUGCUGGUUUUUCGCUUUGCCGCCAAUGGUGCGGAAAAAAUUUCAGGUUGUCGUCGGAAUUACGCCGGUUACGGGGGUGAGAUUAGCCAAUCAGAUUCGAGAAAUUUGAUUCCAGCCCUCUGAUAUGCAUCCGGAAAAUAAAUUUUGUUAUUCCUCAGACGCUAAUGUAGGUAAUGAUGUUAUGAUGUGUUAGGAAUUUUUUUCUCACAGAAAUAAUUCAAGAAAGCACGGAAGCUCACAAAAAUUAAAGAAAGUUGAAAAGACUAUAUUACAAUGAUAGAUUUUAGCAGAUAGGUUAUACUAAAAAUUUACACGCAUCUUCAGUGGUCUUAGAACCUUUGAUAUUUUCUCUUCGUCACAAAAAAUCGUUUAUACAACAGUUAAAUGGGUAAAUCUAAGAGGUCAUACUCGGCAUUUUUCAGGUACACAGAUGUUAUGUUUUCAAUCCGAGUUUUCGCCUGUAUAUAGAAAUCUGUCAGGUUUUCUUUUCGUCCUCUAGCUUACGCGGGGAAACUUUUGGAUAAAAUGAAAGCAAGGUGCAAAAUAGAAAUUUAAGUAUUGUUACACUCAAAAAGUUUCUUAUUAUCUUUAAUAUUAUGGCUUACAUAUCGUACGUGAGUAUAAGGUAGAUGUAAACUGCAACCAUUUGUAGAAGACAACGUGAAGUCCAAAGCAAUCCUUUGUAAUUUAGUAAUUUGCCACAACGUUUAAUGUAUUAAUACGUUAUUAUUAUUUCAUCCUUU